UUUAAUUCUUCCUUCUUUUCCCUUUUUCUUUACCUUUUUUUUUUAAACAACAAAAGAAUGGCAGAUCAAAUAGAACAAGAGCGAAUUGCUGCUGCCGAACGUCGACUUGCCUCAUUAGAAAAGCUUGAUGAUGUGAAGACUUCAGGUGCUGGUGGAUGGAACUGGUUUACUGCUCGUACUAUUCUUACUUCAGGCGCUGGUUUCUUUACUGAUUCUUACGAUGUCUUUAUCAUCAACUUGGUUACUCCUAUGCUUGGUUAUGUCUACUACGCUCACAACAAUAACAAGAUACCUUCUGAUAUUGAAGGUAUUAUUAAGGGUAUGUCUAGUGUUGGUACAUUGAUCGGUCAAUUGUUCUUUGGUUUCCUCGGUGACAUCCUGGGUCGUAAGAUCUACGGUUUUGAAUUACUUAUCAUCAUCAUUGGUACCAUCAACUGUGCAACUUCUGCUUCUGCUAUCCGUGGUGUCUCUGCCAUGGGUUUUCUCGGUCUCUGGCGUUUAAUUUUGGGUAUUGGUAUUGGUGGUGAUUAUCCUAUGUCUGCAACAAUUACUUCUGAAUGGUCCUCCGCUGGUAAGCGUGGUAUGAUGAUGGCCCUUAUUUUCUCUAUGCAAGGUAUCGGAAACUUGGCUGCUGCUAUCGUCACAUUGAUCCUUUUGGCCAUCUUUAAAAAUGCCAUUAAUGAUGAUGUCAUGAAUUUGGACUAUGUCUGGCGUCUCUGUAUCGGUUUGGGCGCUGUUCCUGCCGUUGCCACCAUCUACUUGCGUUUCACAAUGCCCGAAUCUCCUCGUUAUUCUCUUAAUGUUGAACACGAUGUUGAAGCUGCUGCUGCUGCCAAAGGUCAAUCUGCCUCUCCUGAACUUGUUGAACAAUACACUCGUGUUGAAGAAAAGCGUGAUCACUGGGCUGAUUUCAGAGCUUACUUUAGUCAAUGGAAGCACUUCAGAGUCCUUCUCGGUACUGCUCUUUCCUGGUUCUUGCUUGAUGUCGCCUUCUACGGUCUUGGUUUGAACAACUCUAUCGUCUUGGCUUCUAUCGGUUUUGCCAACAAAUCUACUCCCUUUGAAACUCUUUGGUACAACACUGUCGGUCAAAUCAUCAUUACCUGUCUUGGUUCUGUUCCCGGUUACUACUUUACUGUCUUCUUUAUUGAGCGUUGGGGUCGUCGCCCCAUCCAAAUCAUGGGUUUCGCCAUCACCACCGUCGUUUUUGCCAUCCUCGCCGGCUGUUACCAUCUCUUGGUCGAACACGCCAUCGGUGCUUUCAUUUUCUUGUUCACUCUUGCCCAAUUCUUCCAAAACUUUGGUGCCAACUCAACCACCUUUAUUAUUCCUGGCGAAGUCUUCCCCACCAAGGUCCGUGCUUCGGCUCACGGUAUCUCUGCUGCCUCUGGUAAGGCCGGUGCUAUCCUCGCUUCAUUCGCUUUCAAUGUCUUGGUCGAUGUUGGAGGCCCUAAGGGUGCUCACACUUUCUUACCCGAAGUACUUGGUAUCUUCUCUGCUGUCAUGUUCCUUGGUCUUAUUGUCACUCUCUUAUGGAUCCCUGAAUCCAAGGGCCGUGAUCUUGAUGAAUUUGAAGAAAACUAUCAAGCCAACCUUGAAUUGCGUAAUGUUGCUGGUUCAAGUAACGAAUCUGUCGUGAUUGAUCAAACCAAGCUCUAAUUUAGACAUAUCCCCCCUCAUCAUUAUUUUAUUCGCAUAUAAUUAUUGUAAAUAGUCUCCUAAUAAUAACAAAAAUAAACAUAUUAGUUAUCAGUGUAACUGUGUCUUGUAUUGAACUAGGACAAUAACCGAGAUGUCUGCCGAUAUUCCAACAUGUAUUCUAAAUAGCUUAUCUUUAUAUCCUCUCUAUUUUUCG